UAAAUGCAUGAGUGUUGUCAGACUGUGAAGUUGUCUGUCUGUAUGGGUGUGUCUACACAGCUAUCUGUGCUUCAACAAAUGGAAUCACUUUCAUUAAAUUUUAACUAUCAGGCAUAUUAAGUCGGAAAUCAUUUUUUAUAUAGUCUUUGUAAGGUACUAGGCUCAGUGGUAAAGGAACCACCUUAAAUAAUGAAUCGAGGAUGGACAAUGAUGGAGGUGUGUCGAACGGUGAAGGAAAAUUUUAUGGGAAUUACUCCGUGGAGCUGAGCACUUCAGGAGAUUCAGAGAUAAAACUGUGCUACAGGCCACAGCAAGCAGCGCCAGUGGCUCCCUGGGACCCGACACGCUGGGCCUGAAGCAGGGGCGUGGCCAUGCACUGCUCCACCCUUCUGGCCAUCCUGACCGGGGUGCUGCUGUACCUGGUCCUGGGCGCCCUGGUCUUCCGGAACCUGGAGGCUCCCCGGGAACGGAGCCAGCACCUCCAGCUGAACAGCGCUCGCCUCAUCUUCCUGAGGAACCACUCCUGCGUCACCCCCGAUCACCUGCAGGACUUCUUACAGGAGGUAGAAAAGGCUUUUGGAGCAGGCGUUGCCCCCACCAGUAAUUCAUCUGACUACAGGAGCAGAUGGGACCUGGCCAGUGCGUUCUUCUUCUGUGGUACCAUCAUUACCACUAUUGGUUUUGGGAACAUUUCCCCAAAGACAGAUUGGGGCCAGCUGUUCUGCAUCUUCUAUGCCCUAGUGGGGAUCCCCAUAUUUGGGAUCCUGCUUGCAGGGGUGGGGGACCACCUGGGCACGGGGCUGAGGAAGGCUGUCGGCAAGAUAGAGACCUUCGUCCUGAAGAGGAGAGUCAGUCCCACUCUGGUCCGAGUCAUCUCAGCGGUCCUCUCCAUCCUGCUGGGCUGUCUGCUCUUCAUCGCCGUGCCAACGGUGGUGUUUAAAGAAAUGGAGAAGUGGACCCUGCUGGAAGCUACCUACUUUGUGGUCAUCACCCUCACUACUGUUGGGUUUGGAGACUACGUGGCAGGCGAUCAAGCGGAGGAUGACCCCAUCUACAAGCCCCUGGUGUGGUUCUGGAUCCUGGUUGGCUUGGCUUAUUUCGCCUCCAUCCUCACUAUGAUUGGGAAAUGGCUGCGGGUGCUGUCCAAAAGGACUCGAGCAGAGAUGGAGGGGCUCAGAGCCCACGCUACUGACUGGACCCAGAACUUCCAGAACAUGUCUGUCGACUUCCGCAUCCCCAGCCGGCUGGACCUCAACGAUCACUUCCACCGUCGCCGACGGAAACGCCACCGCGGGCCUCGCGGCCGCACCCACGGGGCAGGGCAGAGUGUGGCGGGUGCUGGAGGGUCUGCGAAUGGCCACCCUUCCAACGGCUGGUCCGAGUCAGGAUCCUCGUCCAAUUCGCACUACUCUGACGAUACCGGGUCUGGCUCUGAGGUGUCCGACGCAGAGAGGGCACGCCGGGGGUGGCCCAAGAAGAGUUCAGGGGGAGAAGUGGCCCCCAAUUCCCUCCCGGACUCCAUCAACUCCCAACCCCUGGACUAUUUUGGGGAGCAUCUGGCCUACAUCGAUGAGUCCUCAGAUGCCCGGAGCGACAGGUUGAAAACGGACCUUCUGCUCGACCGCACCCGCCCCAAUUCUGUCCCGCCGCGGAAGCCGAAGAGAAGACGCUCCAAAAAACUUCCCCAGAAAAGCUCCAGAACUCCCCUCUGUAAUGACAUGGAAAACAAUGAGCUCAAUGGGGACGUGCAUCCGCCCUCUGACCCUCCUCCACCUCCUCCAGAGGACCCAGGAAGGAGCUAAUGUUGCCGGCUCUCAUGGGAAAUGUAGUCUGAAGCCCAAGAGGCAUCAGCAGACACUGAAGCCAGAUUCCAGAGGAGCAGAUAGGCCUUAUUUUUUUUGCUCACCCUUACCCAAAACUCAUAGAUAUUGAGGAAGGCUCAGUCAAUUCUGACAUUCAGAAAAGAUUCAUGACCCUUCACUUGAGCAAAAGUUGGAUUUGCAUUCAUGUCGGCCACUUGGUGGAGAUGUUGCUGAUGGUGUUAUAUAUGUGUGUGUGUUAGUGUGUGUGUAUGUGUGUGUGGGUGUGUGCGCACUUGUGUGUGUGCAUUUUUCUGUUUGUGUGUGUGUGUGUGUGACAGGAGAGAUUUAGGAAGGGAUUAACCUUCAGGAACCGUAGACAACUCCAGACCAGCAAGGCUGGAAAUGUUCUGCGUGGUUCAUCUGUGUGCCACUCUUCACUGUGGCAAUGCAAUUACUGAAUGAAUUUUGAUUUAUUCAGAUGUAUACAAAGAAGUUUUGAACUGCUCUGACCCUGUGAAAAACUGAAUCAGCAGUAUGGAGUAGCAGGAAGUGGAACAGGUCUUCCCAGCUCUGAUGCCCUGAGGGACUUUUCUGCAGUGCCUUGGAGCAAAGAGCCUCCCUUAGAACUGCUUUCCCCUUCAACUGGCCUUGGUUGUCUGUCAGGGUGGUAUAAUGGCGCCCCCUUCUGGACUUAAGGGUGCAAAUACACCACAAGUGCGCCAGCCUUUUCCUGGUAAAGGCUGCAAUAUCUCCAGGGUGUACUCUCUCAAACAUUUUUUUAAUUUAUUUUGAAACAAUUUUUGUAUUUAUCCUUAAACAAGUGUUUGACUGUAUGGGAAACAACACUGAAAUUGGGAUAUAUAUCAGGUGGCUAAAUGAAUGCAAGCUAUUAUCUGAAUACAAAAGUUUCUUUUUCCAGUGUCUAAACAAUCAGUAAUGCCUGUUGCAGUUUUAAAAAAUUGGGUUUUUGACUAAAAAGUUUUAAAAAACUUAUAAAAACUUUUUUUUAUAUUUCAUUAUUACAAAUUUUCUGGCCAGGUAUAUCCAGAGUAAGAUAUGACCAGGGCUGCCUGUCCUUGGAGUAACAGCUACAAUAGUCGCUGCUCCACCACUGGUUCCCUCCAUAGUUCACCAAAUGUAAUGCAAACUUUCAGCUGAUCAGCUGUAAACCUCCUAUUGAGAAACACUAUUUGUUUUGAAGUUGAUUUGUCAUAUAAUGAAUUAAGUAAAUGAUAUAAAUCAUGUUUUUUCCUCCCCGGUUCGUACAUGCUUCUACAGUAAAAUGUCAAAGGUUUUGAAAUGCAUGUCCUAUGCUUGCAAUGUUAUUAAGGGCUGACUUAACACAACUGUUUGCUCAGGUAACUAAUUUCAGGUAAUAAAAGAUAACCUUAUUAGGUAACUUUAUUAUUACAAAGUAUGACUUCCAUCUAUUGGAACCAUGACUGAUCCUCAUGCUUAGUCAUUUCUUGUUAUUGGGAGGGCAUGGCCUGUGGGCCUUUUCUAAGUAAGAAGGUUUCUGUUUUCUCAGUUGUACCUGGGUCAAAUGGACUAAAAGUUCAUAUGUCCCUUCUAUUUGCCAGAGAUCAUUUUUUCCCCCCAAGAUCCGACAGCUAUUUAAGUAAGCUCAAAAAAUAAAAAACACACUUGAAGACUGAAGUUCUCUGAAGGACAAUAAACAAAAU